UCCAGCUUGCAGAGGGCAGAUGAUGGGACUCCUCAGCCUCCAUAAUCAUGGAGCAAAUACCUUCUGAUGAAUCCUUCAAGAGGGAGAUGUAUCCUAUUGGUUCUGUUUCUCUGGAGAACCCUAAUACAGCAGUCAUAAAACGAGAAAGUGUGUUGGGUUUGACUGAUAAGACUCUAAACCAGGAAACAGCUCGAACUACCUGAAUUGAAAAAACAAGAAAUAGCUUUCCGGCGGUGACGACCUACCCACACGAGAACAUGCCUCUCGCAAAGGAUCUCCUUCAUCCCUCUCCAGAAGAGGAGAAGAGGAAACACAAGAAGAAACGCCUGGUGCAGAGCCCCAAUUCCUACUUCAUGGAUGUGAAAUGCCCAGGAUGCUAUAAAAUCACCACGGUCUUUAGCUAUGCACAAAUGGUAGUUUUGUGUGUUGGCUGCUCCACUGUCCUCUGCCAGCCUACAGGAGCAAAAGCAAGGCUUACAGAAGGAUGUUCCUUCAGGAGGAAGCAGCACUGA